AUGCUCUUCCAUUUCUUAUCGAUUAUUAGCCUCGUUCGUGGUGCGAAAGGAGGUGAAGAUGUGCCAAUUCCUCACUGUAAUAAACAGGUUACAGUGGGAAGAGACGUUCGUCAGCGACCGACUGUCGAUCCACAACUUUGUGCACGUAUGGAUACACCUGCCUGCGAUGCAAUAUUUGAUAUAAAGGGAAGACCUGUUGAUGCAGACGGUAUUGCUGCAACAAUCCAAUCUCAUUCAAACCCGAACGUAGAUUAUAUGAUACCCGUAAGAUGUACAGAGCCUGCUUUGAAAACUCUUGCAGAAAAGACCUGUCCAAGUCGUUGUGCAUUUUGUUGUUUGACAAAACAAUACAACUGUAUUAAUGGUAAGUAUAUGCCUAAAAUGAUGUGA